AAGAAGUUGGAGGCGCCUUCAUCCACUCGUCUCACUCGAUUUUAUGUUGAUAUUGCGAAAAUAUCAAAAUUACUUAAAAUAUACUACUUAAGUGCGUCUAUUAAAUAGCUGUUUCAUAUUUAAAACGUUUUGAUAGCACUUAAGCUGUAGUGCGAAGACAAUUGCGUUGUGUAGUGGUUUUAAUAACAGUUUUCACGAUGGCGAAGUGUGAUUCGUUUCACAUGCAGCUAACAACCAUCAUGGAUAUAAUGACCAAAACGACUUUGGCUCAAAUAUGUAGACUCUUCGAAGAGGACUCGUCGAAAUUAAGAAGAGAAAUGUCAAGGGUGAUGGAGGAAAAUAGAGUCCUCCAAGACCGAUUGCGUCACCUUGAAAUAGAACUUAAUAUCACGCGACAAGUGGAAAAAGGAGCACACGAACGUACAAAGACAUACCAUACCCAUACCAUAGAAAUACAGACGGUAGAAACCCACCAAGGCGUCGAGAAAGAGAAUAACGUUACAGGUCUUAACCGUGCACCAUCAAUCGAUGGGAUAUUUGGGAAGGAGUGGUGUGCAGACCUAUGGAAAGAUGGAGUGUCGCGGGGACGUACUUCUGAUUACUUUGUGGAUGAGUGCAGGGAGGACGAACAAGACCAAAUUGAGCUGCUGACCAUAAAGGAGGAGGAGUCAGAAGUAGACAUCUGUGACAGCAGCAGCCGCCAUCAAAGCACUCCGACCAAAAAGAAGGGAAGCUGUGUGUCCGACAGAAGCGAGACAUCAUCCGCUGAUGGACAUGUCCCAGACACAGUCAGGAAAAAGGAGGAAGGAGCCUCCAUUUCUGAAGACUCCACUGAGGGCUGUGACAAUCUGCUGGACUCAUCCAGAGUCUCUGAGGGUCAAGAAACAGACUUCAUUAACCUGGAUGGAACCACUGGGAACUAUAUCAUGACAGUGGCUGCAGCUCCCUGCAUGGGAUACGAUCAACACUGUGUCCCAAUUGAGUACGAGUAUGAGGCCGGAGAGGGGGAAGAAGUGAUCAGAGAGCUUAUAGCCUUUGAAGGGCUAUCUGAAAACCCCUCACAACAAGCUUUCCUGGAGACGCAAGCUUUUAUAGGGGAUGGAGGUGAGGAGUCCUUCAAUUAUUUUGACAGAUUUGACCUUCAGGCACACCUUCAGCAAACUCCAAAGAGGAAGAACAAGUUCAACUGCAAACUAUGCAGGAAGAAAUACACCAAGUACGAAACCCUCAAGACGCACAUGAGGGUUCACAAGAGAGAGACCAUAAACCGAUGCCGGGUUUGCAAGAGUGUGUUCCCGCAAAAGAACCUUCUCAGAACUCACAAGUGCGCUGUCGCCCUGGCCAACGUCAAGAGCGGGGCCAAGCACUGCUGCGAGUACUGCGGUAGGGCCUUCACCACCAGUGCCAACCUGCGGGUGCACUACGCCGUCCACACGGGUGAGAGACCACACAAGUGCGACAUCUGCGGGAAGAGCUUCACCCAGAAGGGCAACCUGAACAUCCACAGACGCAUCCACACCGGCGAGAAGCCCUUCUCCUGCCCCGUGUGCAACAAAGGCUUCUCCCAGAAAAUUAACCUGCGGCACCAUUUGCCCAUCCACGGGAAGGCUGACAAACUCCCGAAGGAAAAUUGCACACCCAGCAAGAAAGCGAAGGAAGAUUGCACACCCAGCUUGGACAAGAAAGCGAAGGAAACUAAAACUACCGAUUGACCUAUUUUUGUUUUCUUUUAAAUGUAAUUAUUUCUUUUAUUUCAGGUCAUUGUUUUUUUUAACCGGCUGAUAGAAGUGUUUAUUUUUUAUAAAUAUAUACAUGUUGGGUCAUUUGUUUAUAAUGCCAACAUACUUUAACAAAGCAUACACUAUUCAAUGUGUUAGCCUAUAUCAAAACAUAAUACAAAGCUAUAUGUGUGUAUAUAUAUAUAUAUAUAUAUAUAUAUAUAUAUAUACUGUAGCUGCAUUUAUGAAUUUGAAUAGUAUGGCAUGGUGUUUUCUGUGAGGUUCAUGGCAUCUCAUCAAACCCAUCUGUAUUGAUUUAUUACAAGCAAUUACAGAAGUGAUUUCAAGGUUGCGUUUUGUUUCAGUGUAUUAAACAAUCAAACUGGUUAAAUGCAUCCAAACCAGUUUAACAGGGCUUUUAGGUGUUGGAAAUGGUACUGUAGGUCUCUUGGCUGGCCAGCUAAUGUAGUUCAGAUCUGUAUUUGUAUGCAAUUGAGUAUACCGCAUCUAAAAGACAGAUUAUAACUCUGAGUUUAAUCGUUGUUACAGAUACAUUAAAUGAAACAACAGUCAGAGCUUUGACAGACCAGUCAAUCAGCAACAUGUCUUACGUUAGCAGUAUUUCUGUUUGUUUGUUUGUUUGUUUGUUUAUCUUUAGUAUGUUUAUUGCUCAUCAUUUCAGCCCGUUUCUGUGUGAUGCUUGGAUUUCCUUGGUCCACAGUUGUACAUUGUAUUUUGUCUAAAACUUGCAAACUAAGUAGUUACAAAAGUCAUUAAAACGGCAUGUUACUUUAA